AAAGAAAAAAGAAAAAAAAAACGUCUCUCGGACGGGAGCCGGCUCUUAUCGUUCACUUAAAAGAGCCGGCUCUUUGAACCGGCUCGUUCGCGAACAACACAUCACUAACGUCAUCAUCUUGCGUCGGGGAAACGGAAACGUGCGUCGCAUGUCCGCAGAGGAGCUACAGUGAUAAAUUAGCAAAACAAAAAUAAACUUUAUAUUAAAUCUAGAGCAAGUGAAACAUUGUGAGACGAUAUGGAUGACGAGGAGGAAACAUACAGGCUGUGGAAGAUUCGUAAAACCAUCAUGCAGCUGUGCCAUGACAGAGGCUACCUGGUGACACAGGACGAGUUGGACCAGACACUGGAUGAGUUCAAGAGUCAGUUUGGAGACAAGCCCAGCGAGGGGCGCCCCAGACGCACAGACCUCACUGUGCUGGUGGCACACAACGAUGACCCCACCGACCAGAUGUUUGUUUUCUUUCCUGAGGAGCCCAAGGUGGGAAUCAAGACAAUAAAGAUGUACUGUCAGAGGAUGCAGGAGGAGAACAUCACACGAGCCAUCAUUGUUGUUCAGAUGGGCAUGACACCGUCAGCCAAACAGUCUCUAGUUGACAUGGCUCCCAAAUACAUAUUGGAACAGUUUCUACAACAGGAGCUGCUUAUUAACAUCACAGAGCAUGAGCUUGUUCCAGAGCACAUUGUUAUGACAAAAGAGGAAGUUGUUGAACUUCUGGCAAGAUAUAAAUUAAAGGAAAGUCAGUUGCCAAGGAUCCAGGCUGGAGACCCUGUGGCUCGCUACUUUGGCUUGAAAAGAGGACAGGUAGUAAAGAUCAUCAGACCUAGUGAAACAGCUGGGAGGUACAUCACAUACAGACUGGUGCAGUGACAGACAUAUAUUCUUCUGGUUCAACAUUUUGUAGGACCAGUGAAGGAAACUGACGAUGUUCCAUCUUUUAUUACUCAUCCCUGGAUUACCCCUCUGCUUUUGACUUGUGUUCAAAUUGUUGUUUUUCUUGUAAUUAACGAUUUUGUAAAAUAAACUAUUAAAAAUAAAUCAAA